CGCAGGCACGUGCCACCUGUCAUACAUUUCGAAGUACUUGCUUUCGAAAGGUUGAGAAGGAGAUUAACUGUACAUCGAUCUUAAAUGUGGCGUAAAGAUUAGCCGAAGAUAAGUUUAGAACGAAUAUCGCGUUUCGAAGUAAGUAAACGAAUCGCAAUCGUUUAACGUUUCAACGAACGAUACGAUAUAACUGUUGUUGAAUUACGAGGUGUGAAAUUAUGAACGAAUUGGUGUUAAAACAAAGAUUUUAAACAAGGAGUUUACUGUGUGAUUGUUAUGAGAAAUAUAACGUAAAACAGUUUUGAGGAAUAGUCGUAAAAUGCAAUUUGUAAAUCAAGCUUAAUGCUACCGAGCAAUUUAGAUGCGCGUGUAAUAAAUCGGGUGAAAUAAACAAGGCCUGGUAAUAAAAAGUUCAAUGACAUUACUGACAAUGGAGCUUUAUCAAAAUUAUAGUAAAGUGAGCGAGGAGAUCUACGACCUCCGACGGUCCUCCGUGCAGCAAGAUGUCAAGAAAAUUCACGUUGUUGACAAUGUUUACGAACGAACGAGGAGUGAUCGCGAGAGAUUCGUGAAAUCGCCAAACAGCCAAGAUACAAUAAUGGAAUGUGCGUCCGAUUCGAGCAGUGAAAGUUACAAAGAGAUUCAUCGGAAGCAGAUCGAAAGAAAAGAUUCAUCGCCGGUCGCUGCGUCUAGUGCCUUUACAAUUGAUAAUAUUCUUGGACGAUGCGAGAAAAAGGACAUCGAAAUACCGUCUGGUUUAAAUUAUACCCAAGAUAGAGAAGAAGACCAAGAAGAGAGAGACGAAAAAAUGGAAGAAAAUCAAUUUAUCAGACCAACAGCCGUAUCUGCCACGUAUUCCGGAUUAUACACAUCGGCAGGAUUAUCGUGUUCCGAAGUCACACUAGCCGAUCCUCCUGCUUAUUCGGCAACGUCCCUUGCUUCAGCAUCUAUUUUAUAUAACAAUUGGUUUGCUCAAUCGAAACCUGGCCAGUUGUUCGGUCUACAAGCGCCUAAACCAAGUGGAAGACGAUCCAGGAAGCCAGGAAUCGACAGGAAACCACGUCAAGCAUACAGCGCGAAACAAUUGGAAAGACUUGAAGCUGAAUUUAAGAUCGACAAAUAUUUGAGUGUGAGCAAACGAAUGGAACUAUCGAAAUCCCUAAAUUUGACAGAAGUACAAAUAAAAACAUGGUUUCAAAAUCGUCGUACCAAGUGGAAGAAACAACUUACUUCCAGAUUAAAGAUUGCCCAAAGGCAAGGGCUUUUCCCGCCUCCUUACUUCCCAACAGCUCAAUAUUCUUUAUUACCAUACUAUACUACGCCACUUGUGUUUGGAACUCCAGCGUCAGAUGACGCCAAUAUUAACGCAAUGGCGAUACCAUCACGACCUGUGGCAUCAUCGCCAGAUACAGUUUGAGCAAAUAUCGAUUCGAACUACUUAGCCGACAUGAGAGAAGCACGAGUCGAGUACAAUGUACCUCAUCUAUAAUGUGAUCGAGACUCAUUGUCAGUUCCUCAAUUCAACAUUUAUUGUUAGAUGAUUUCAUACAAAGGCAUGCUUGACAUCGUAUAUAUUUUUCUUUCUAAUAAUUCUAUUAGCUGAUUA